CAAACUUCUUUGUGCAUUUCUGUCUCGGCGUGCGGUUUGUAAUGUAAUUAGAGAAUCAUGUUCAGCUUCCAUAAACCUAAAGUAUAUCGCAGUGUCAAUGGAUGUUGUAUUUGUAAAGCUAAAUCAUCAAGUUCAAGAUUCACAGACAGUAAAAAGUACGAGUCUGACUUUGAGAGGUGCUUUCAGCUGAAGAAUGAUAAAAGAACUGGUGAGAUUUGUAAUGCAUGUGUGUUAUUAGUGAAAAGAUGGAAGAAAUUACCCAAAGGAACAGACAGAAACUGGCAUCACGUGGUAGAUGCAAGAGCUGGGCCGGGCACAAAAGCAAUAAACAAAAGAAACAAAUUAAAAUUGAACAAGCGACCAUUGAAGAAGAGGAGACAUAGGAGGUUGUUGGCAAUGCAGAAACGGGACAACUCGGAAUCUGAUGAUGGAUGUGGUAAUGAUGAUGACCAUUAUUUGCCAUCUCGUCGCCGUCAUCGUCAUUCAAGCGGGAAUAUCCCGAGUCCUACACCCAGUGACUGUAGCUCAGAUGACGGCUUGUUUGGUUCUCUGACCUCAAAUCGUAGAAAGAGGCUUACCCAGGAUUCCCUUGCACCAGCUGCGUUUCCACCAUCAGUCAGGGCGUUUCUUGACUUGUCUUUUUGGAAAAAAGAAGAAGUAUGUUGUGGUGUAAUAUUCCGGGGGCCAAGAGGUGAAGUGCUGGUAGAUCCACAACUACUAAAACCAUGUAAAGGCUGUAGACAAAAGAACCAACCAACAUUUGCCAAGACUGACUCUGCCGGGGAGGAGAGUGAAUGUUCCAGCAGUACUGCCAGUUCUCCGACAUCGAAAGAACCUACAGAAAAAAUGGAUUUUGAGCAGCAUGAUAUUGCCAUGGUGAUGAAAGAUGAGAUGAAUACAGAUGAACCGUCAAACUCUCUUGUCAAAAGUACAGUUUGUUCUCUUCAGCAGCAACAGUUGGUGGCAUACUAACUGAUAUUAAGUCCCCCUUUACCAUUACGAACUUUUCCACCCAAGUGCCCUUUUAAAAAUUAGUUUUUAGACUCCACACAUUGGUCGUUGUCUUGUGCCAAUAAAAAUCUACUUAUAUGCUUAACUUUCAGCAUAGGUUCCAUGCUAGCUAGCAAGAAUUCUGAUUUAAAUUACUUGUAUUUAUAUAAUUUUUGAAAUCACAAUUUCACUGCCAUAUUUUUAGUUUUGUAUAAUUUAAAAACAAAAAUACCAUAAAAAAUAUUUAUAAUACAAAUCUAGCAAGACAAUAAAUUCUGUUACUCUGAGCAAUGAUGUUGUAAAGAUAUUCCUGAAUUCCUGAUAGCGUGGAAUCAAUUUUGCUGAAAAGUUGAUCAUAGAUUAUUUUAUUUUCAACUGUUAAUACGUUUUGUUGAGAAAUUCAAUUGAACUUAAACUAAUCACCAGCAUCUAUAGAAAUGAAUGUAGUAUAUAAACUGAAGAUGUCAUCACAGUCCAUGACAUUCAUUCUAUAGGAUACCUUAUUGUCUGUGCUGUCCAUAGUUGUCAUUUCAUAAAACACAAUGACAAACAAGUAUAGUUUCUUAACUAUGCAAACAUAGGGGCCUUUAUUCUAUGCAAAUAGUUUCGCUGCUUCCAUUUACAGAUUUUUUUCUCAUAAACCCGGAAUAGAAAAUAAAAUGCCAAAUGCUACACUUUUCUGCCAGUCGAAAAAAAAAACAAGUAUAUCCUCAGAAACAAAAUAAAACAAAAGAAUCAGGACAUAAAAACAAGGCAAAUUGGAUCAUUUAAACAAACAUUUUUUUUAAAAACUUGCAAGGUGAACAAGAGGUGGAACAAAGAUUUUGUUUUUAUAUUUUGUUGAUAAAAGUUGUCCUUAAGUAAACUGAAUCUAAAUUUAUCAGUGUUACGUUUUAGAGAUUUUUUUUUAUUAAACUACUGAUUAAUCUUUAUAUUUUAUAUGAUAAGAAAUAUUUUUUUUUUAGAAAACAAGAAAACACUGAAGAUUGAUUAUUUCGCUGCUAUUUAUAUAUAAUAAAAACAUUAUUUUUUUACUUUUGGACUUUGUACCCUGGUCUUCCCAAGCUUAACUGCUUAAAAACAAAUGUAUUGUGUAUGUUGUUUUGUCUUGUGUAUAAAUCCCCUUCCUUAUAGUUUCCAAUGACAAAUAAUCCAUCCCACUUUUAUAAAAUAAAUCAAAUCAUUUUAAGCAGUAUAUAUAUUUUUUCAAGAGGUUAUACAAAUAAUAAAAACUUCAAUGCUUUUUUUUACUCCGAUAGCGCAAAAAGUUUCAUGGAAACAAAAUAUUGAUGACUAUUUUAGUCA